CGAGAGUGGUGACGUACGGCCGAAUCGCAGUCGUUGGCAUUGGUCGACCAGCUUUUCAAAACCUCCUUCCUUGAUUCUUUUUUUUUUCUUUUACUUUCAACCCUCCUCUUUUUUUUAGAUACAAACAUACGCGCAGCCAAAGGCAUCUGGAACGACUUGUUACAGUUGAUGAUUUUACUGGACUCAUUAGCGAGGGAAUGAGACUCAUUUCAAAGAACGUUUUAGAUGGUCUUCAGAUGUGCGAGUUCUCGAAGAUAUCCCAUAAAAAGGCGUCGUCUGUAAUAGAAUGGUUUUGCUUUUGUAUCCAUGCGCUUGAUGAUUCCAUGUGACUGGUUAAGAAAACACCGCAGAGACAAGAAUAGGUAAAUAGCAUACACAACCAAAACACAAAUUCGAAUUUCCGGGGGAGAAACUAUACAAAGCUCGUAAAUCCUCGGGAAGAAAGGAUUCCAUCCCUUCUAAGAGAAUCAGAGACUCUUUUAGUGACGCUCUGGAAAGGAGAGAGAAUCUGCCAAGUGGUGCUGGAACAUCGUCUUUCGCCAAGACUCCUGGAUGACGCUCGUGAGGACUUCCUUGAUGGGUUUUCUAAAAUAAUCAAAAUAUUUCACAUUUCUUCAUUUCAUAUCACGCAUCCCCACGCACAAAUCUCACGUGGUGCCAGAACCGAACCCUCACAAAAGAGAAAGACUAAAAAUCACAAAGAAACACUAUAAAAUAAAUAAAUCUCCCAAGACGCAAAGCAGGAUGUUGCUCUGAGCAUCCGCAGCGAGAGGCCGCGCGGGGAGAGAGUGCCUGUAGUAGUUAGCUUUAGGAGUGAACCUGUAGAGGAGAAUGAACCAUAACGGCUGUGUCUUGUUGAACGGUCAUUCCGAGGGACACAGCGCGACGACUAGUUCUACGACGAAAGCCUCAAACAACGAUAACUCAUCGUCUUCAUCGUCCUCGAACAACAUUAACAACCACAACAACAACAGUAACAACAUCAUGGGGAAACUCACACAGCCAGAGAGCAACAGCAUCGUUAACAACAACAACCUCACAGUCAACGGACAAAAAGCCACACAAGUUCAACUUCGUGGGCAAGCUCCUCGGUCCGAAGGGUAACUCCAUGAAACGUCUUCAAGAAGAAACCAUGACUAAGAUGGCGGUUCUUGGACGCGGUUCCAUGAGGGACAAACAGAAGGAGGAGGAGCUGCGUGCCUCGGGCGACCCCAAGUAUGUGCACCUGACGGAGGACCUCCACGUGGAGAUCACCGCCUUCGCGUCCCCGGCGGAGGCCCACGCCCGCAUCGCCUACGCCCUGGCGGAGGUGCGCCGCUACCUCGUUCCCGACAACAACGACGACAUCCGCAAGGAACAGAUAAGAGAGAUGGAGCUGAUAAGCGACCCACAGGCGGCCUGGGGGAGCCACGGCAACGAGCGGAGGAGGAGGUGGCGGAGGGGGCGGCGCAGGGGACAGACCGCCGCCAUCGCUCACGCCGCCAGAGCUGAUGUCGCCCGACGGACCCGAGUGCAGGGGCGCUGUAGUCGGACCCGCCCCCCCAGGCCCUCCUCUCCCUCCAGGGCUCCGUGGGCGUGCGCCGCCCCACCCACGCCUCAUGCCCGCCCAUCCCGCCCGUGCUCUGCCCCGCUGGUGAGGAAGCUGCCUGCCUCCCUGCCCCCUCCCGUGCCGCCGCCCCCUGCCAAGCGCCGCGUCCUCUCCAUCUUGGACAAGGCCAAGCUCGCCCUCGACCACAGCUACGGCCUGCACGAGGACGACCCGCGCCACUACCCGUUCGAGGCGCCAGAAUUCGCUUAUGAUGAGUAUGCUGAUUAUGGACCCGAAGACUUUGCUGAAGUUUACAAUGGCGAAGCUUAUGAGGGGGCGGGUUCCGGGCGCUGGUUGACGUACAAGCAGACACUGCCCUCAGCCGUGGAGCGGGCAAGGUGCAGAACUUCACCUUAUGCCAGGCCUAAAUAAGGUCCAUUUUUGCCAGUCAUGAGUCUGUGCAUAAGGUCCAAAAAAUUGCCCGUCUAGAAUCUUCAUAACACCGUCGAAUGCGCCCACCGCGGCUAACUGAGCGUCGAAUGCACCAUCCUCUCAGUCUUAACUUUGCCAUUUUUUGUUUAUUAUUUGACAUGAGACAAAGUUGCAUAUGUACUAGUCAUCCCUCCUUAAAUUUCUUCUAUAAUAUUUAUUUCUUACCAUUUCAUUUGUGUAUCUCAAUAAUUAUAAAAAAAACAACAAAAAAAAAAGUACUUAUUGCGACAGUCAACUAAACUUGACCUAAACUUGUCGAUCAUCCUUGGUAAGCUUUUAAUACUAUAAGUACAAAUAUGUAAAAAAAAUAUAUUAUAAAUCGUUCAGUGAAACAAAAAUGGAGAUAUGUUAUUUGUCGAAUCUAAGUACAUUACCCAUUAAAUCCACUUUUUUUUCUUCUUCUCAUCCUAUUUGAACAUUAAGUGUUAGAAUAUCAUAUUUUGAUGUCCAGCCAAAAUCCUUGGUAACACAACUUUUCAGUGUAUCAUAUAGACAGUUGUUAGGUUCUUAGUUCUACGUCAUUUUGAGCUCUGAUUGAUAUAUAAGAAUAUACUGUCAUGAGAUGUUAAUAGAUUGUAACAAUUAUUUUGAUAAAGGACUAUAUAUUGUGUAGUUUGUGAUCGGAACAGCAUAGCGAGAGCAUUUUUUUUCUUCCAUUUUUCAUGAAUUUAUUAUUUAAUUUUUUGAAUACCUAAAUGAGAACGUUUUCAUAUCAUUAACGUAUGAAUGUCUUUUUCCUGACACGAAGAACAAUUGCCAGAUAUGAAUAAUAUCCAUAUUAUGAUACGCAGAAACGUAAUGCAAUGCAGGGUUACAGUGAAGUCCACGUACAGUACACAUAUACUUACACUGGCAUGCCCCAUUUUUUUGAAAAUUGCAUAAAUUAUAUUUCUAUAUAAUUGCUAAUUUUCCACGCUAAUCAAAAUGUAAGUAAUCGUGUUACCUUUCUUCAAUUCAUUCAAACCUAUAUGUAUAUCAGUGUUUACAUACACACACACAUACACACCAAGAAUAUAUAUUUCUAUAGAGUUCCAUAACACAGUUAAUCAUAAAUCACAGCAUAUAUGGCGAUGGAACAAGACGAUAUCAAAUAUUAUCAUCCCUAUAAAAUAACCUGAUGAUAUCGUAUUAUUCAGUUUAAUUUAUCAUUUUUCUUCGCCUCUUCCUUAUUGUUAUGAUACUUUAAAAGCAGACUCUGGCAUGCUGCUCUGAUCACUCUCAGAGGCGAUGUUUUCAUCUUCCUUUGCCGUAGAUUAGAUAGAUAGCAGAUGUUAGGGACAAAACAGUCACCAGCAGGUAUGUACUAAUGUGGUGUAUUUGUGGAAGAAAAAAAAGGAAACAGUAAUUUCGAACCUUUGCGUUCAUUGAUAAAAAAAAAAAGAAUCAAUGGACGCAGAAAUGUAUUUUUUUCUCUCUAUUCUUAUAUUCAUUGCUGUUGUUUGGUCUUCCCUCUUAGCGUCCUCAGUUUUUUUCUUUGAACUAUUUUAAAUUAUUACACCUCUGAUAUUGAACUUCAAAAAGCUAUAUGAUUAAACAGAAGACAUUAAUAAUUUAUGAUAAAAUCCUAUUUGUUGUGUGUAUGCAAAUACACACACACACACACACACACAUACACAUACACAUACACAAACACAUACACAUACACAUACACAUACACAUACACAUA